AUGCCGCCGCGCGCACCGUCCCCGCUGUGGUCGCCGCCACCGCCGCCGCCUCCCUGUUCUGGGCUGCCCGGGCUGGGCGGGGCCGGGGCCGGAGGCGGGGCCCUUCCGGGUGUGCGGGGCGGCUCCGUGCUGCCCCUGCCGGCCGGAGGGGCGCGGGGACCCCGGGCCGCCUCCGCGCGCCCCUCGGGUCUGCGUCUGGCCAACGUGGAUGAAAUGCACACUCUGUAUUCUUCCCCGAAGAGACUGUUAUCUUUCUUCAAUGGCUUCAGAGUUAUGUCUGGUGUGAUCCUCAUUGGCCUGGGCAUCUAUGUCAAAUUCAGAGAGGCUGUCCUGGCAAAGGUCCUUGGGCUAUCCUCUGCAUAUCUCCUUAACACUGGCUGUCUGCGCCCGGCAGUGGGCUGCCUCACGGUGCUGCUUGGCUUUGUUGGCUGGUAUGGAGCAACCAGAGAAAAUAGAGGCACUCUCUUGUUUGUUCAAGAAAUGGCCUUGGAGCACAUCUUCGCGACCCUGAGGAAGAAUUACAGAGGUUACGAUGAGCCAGAUGACUGUUCCACAGAAUGGGACUUGGUCACGGAGAAGUGGAAGUGCCGUGGGGAGAAGAACUACACAGAUCUUUCCGUCUUCUCCUUUGAAAUGACAACUGGUGGUUACUCCUGCCCCAGGAGCCGUGGUAAAUCCAUCAGGACCACAGCGUGUGAUGGGCACAACGUGUCCACAGACAUCACCCACCAGGAGGGCUGUUCCCUCAAGGUCUAGACAAUAACCAAGACUCUGAGCUUCAGCUUGAGUGGGGGCUCACUGGAGGCAGCCGUGAUACAGCUGCCAGGAAUUCUUGCCACUUCACUGCUCUUUAUCAAACGAGGCUGCCAGAGGGCCGAGAAAGGUAUCGCCUUCCACGUCCCCAGGGAUGAACUCCGAGGACCCACCCUGCAGGAGGAAGACGAUGAAGCAUCUUCGACCAGCUGGUGA